AUGACGGCCUCAGAUACCCAUAAAGAGAUUGGCGUCGUCAAUGGACUCGAAGUCGUGCAGCCUGGACCGGAAGUAGUCCACCACUAUCACGGCCAAUAUCCCAUCCAAUAUGCUGCACCAGGAGCUUACAUGACGGCUGCGGCUCCUGCGCCCGUGGCGGCUCCGGCACCGGUGUCGGUACAACCCCAGAGCACAAUUUGCGGGCUACGAAAAGUAACAUUCUGGCUUGCUUUUGCCAUUGCGGUUCUCGGGGCUGUUAUUAUUGCUGUGGCUAUAGGGUUGGGUGUUGGGUUGAGUCAAAAGAGCACCAAUGGCACUGUGGCAGCGGCUGCAACAUCGUCCCCUGCAGCGGCAAGCUCAACAGGAUCAAUGACAGGAUCAGCUUCAGCAACAGCAACAACGCCAACAGCCUCCGUCACCGCUACCACAUCGCUUACAUCGACGCAACCUUCAUACACCUCAUCCUCAUCUGUCUCCGCUUCCGUGUGCCCGAGCCAAAACAACACGAUGAUCACUAUCGGAUCCAGCUCCCAAGAAUAUCAAAUCGUCUGUGACGCUGAUUUUGGUGGAAGCGGUAAAAAGGAUCUUGCGUCAACGGUGUUCAGCGCGUUCGAUGAUUGUUUGGGGCUGUGUGGUAGUAUGAACAGUUUUCAAUCUCGGUCUGAUGUUGGGGCUACGUAUAACAUUGAGGGGACGGGGGAUCAGUCGCCCGGAACUUGUUGGUGCUGGGCUACGGGUGGGAAUGAUAAGUCAGCCCAGUCGAACGAUGGAAAUGUUGUUGCCAUUCCGCAGUGA